AUGGAGAUGAGCUCCGCCUGGGCCAUGUUCCUGCUUCUCGCAGGUUCCCAGGUCCGAGUGACUCACAGCUGGAGUUUUAGCAAUGAGGGGAAAGGCAUAGAAAGUUAUUUCCUUGCCACCGUGGAGUAUGCCUUACACAUAUUCAACGUGAAGAGCAAGGACACGAAUGCUUACAGGCUGGUGAGCAUCCUGGACUCCCAGAGGGAGAAGGUAGAGACCCUGAUUGCUUUCUCCAUGGAGCUGAAGCUUCGCAGAACCAGGUGUGGGAAAUUUGAUGAAGACAUUGACAACUGCCCCUUUGAAGAAAACCCAGAGCUGAACAACACCUUCAUCUGCUUCUUCACCAUCAGCAUCGAUCCCUGGAGAACAGUGUUUCAGCUCCUAAACAAGACCUGCCUGGAGGGGACCUACUGA